AUGUCGUACUUCCUGCCGCACUUGCCUACGGGCUGGCAUGUCGACCAAGCGAUCCUAUCCGAGGAAGACCGCGUGGUCAUCCUUCGUUUCGGUCACGACACUGAUCCUGUCUGCAUGGAAAUGGACGAAACGCUCUACAAGAUCUCGACGGCGGUCCAAAACUUUGCCGUCAUCUACCUGGUCGACAUCACGCAGGUGCCAGACUUCAACAAGAUGUACGAGCUGUAUGAUGCAUGUUCAACCAUGUUCUUCUAUCGCAACAAACACAUCAUGAUUGAUUUGGGGACGGGCAAUAACAACAAGAUCAACUGGGCGAUAACAGACCGUCAAGAACUGAUCGAUAUCGUAGAGGUGGUGUACAGAGGUGCGAGCAAAGGUAGAGGUCUCGUCAUCAGCCCCAAAGACUAUUCUACGAGACAACAAUACUAA